ACUGGCUACCAUUUUAUCAUCGAAGGCAGCGUGACACCAGACGCGGACAAGAUGAUGAUGAACAUUCUCCGGUGUUCCGAAGUGCACGACGACAUACUGCUGGGCGUAGUGGCGCAGUUCACGGAUCCAAAGCAGCUGGUGCGCCGAACCAAGCAGGAGGGCGUCUGGCUCGAAGAUCAGGUGGAUCAGGAUGAUCCAUUUCAGCCGGGCCAGCCUUUCACCGUCGCGAUCGCGGUGUGCGAACAGGACUUCCACAUGACCGUCAACGGCAACCUGCUGUCGCCCUACAAGCACAAGGUCUUCUACGGCACAGGGCACAACUUGUGCCUCGAGAAGAACAUCAAGUUUAAGAGCCUGAACGUCUGCUCUAUCAGCAAGUCGCCGGCUAGCACACCCAUCGAUCUCAAGCCCGGGAGCAGCUUCUUUGUGCAAGGAACACCGCCACCACCUUCCAAUGAGUGA